CACUGAUGCUGAGGCAUGGCGGGCUGUUAUUUGGUGAGUGAAUGUUAGUAGGGGGAGAGCACCCUCUCCAAUGAUGGUCCAAGCACGGGGUCACGUGCCGCCCCCCUCCUUCCCCAUUCAUCAGGGGUGGACGGUGUUGUCUUUUCAAUUCAUUUAUCUGCAGGAAUGAUUGCGACUAUCAGUCUGAAGCUCACCGCCUGACCGAGGAGGUGAAAGUUGCGCCACAGGAAGAGAAACCGCAAAAGACAAUAUUGCACAUGAUUUGCGUGUGCAUCGGAUGAGCAAGAGAGGAGAAAUUCCUCUCCACUAAAAAGUAAAUAGAAAUAGGGGAUCGGAGUUUGCCUUGCACACUUAAGUCAGAGAAAUUGCAAGCAGAGACAGUUGUUAGAGAUUCUUGCUCUCUCUUAGUCUCCUCAGCUGUAGACUGAAGAUGCUCUUGGACGCAGGACCACAGUAUCCCACCAUUGGAGUGACUACUUUCGGCUCCACUAGGCAUCACUCAACAGGCGAAGUUACAGACAGAGAAGUGGCUCUGGGCAUUAAUCCGUUUGCCGACGGCAUGGGCGCUUUUAAAAUCAACCAUGGCACCCACGAUCUGGGCUCUGGGCAAACGGCAUUUUCCUCGCAGGCGCCUGGCUACGCCGCCGCCGCUGCCCUGGGACACCAUCACCACCACACUCAUGUCAGCUCUUACUCCACCGCCGCCUUCAACUCCACUCGGGACUUUCUGUUUCGUAAUCGGGGCUUCGGAGACGCCACGAGCGCGCAGCACAGUCUGUUCGCCUCCGCCGCUGGAAGUUUCGCCGGGCCACACGGACACUCUGAUGCCGCCGGGCACCUGCUCUUCCCGGGACUGCACGAGCAAGCGGCCACGCACGCCUCCUCCAACGUGGUGAACAGUCAGAUGCGCCUGGGCUUUUCCGGGGACAUGUACGGCAGAGCCGAGCAAUAUGGCCACGUCGCGAGUCCCAGGUCCGAACACUACGCCUCGACUCAGUUGCACGGCUAUGGCCCCAUGAACAUGAAUAUGGCUGCCCAUCACGGGGCAGGGGCCUUCUUUCGAUACAUGAGACAGCCCAUAAAACAAGAGCUCAUCUGCAAAUGGGUCGAACCCGAGCAACUGACUAAUCCGAAAAAGUCCUGCAACAAAACUUUCAGCACCAUGCACGAGCUCGUGACCCACCUGACCGUGGAGCACGUUGGGGGACCUGAGCAAUCGAAUCACAUUUGCUUUUGGGAAGAAUGUCCCCGGGAAGGAAAACCGUUUAAAGCAAAGUACAAACUUGUUAAUCACAUUCGAGUGCACACCGGAGAGAAACCGUUUCCAUGUCCGUUCCCCGGCUGUGGAAAAGUAUUUGCUCGGUCGGAAAAUCUGAAAAUUCAUAAAAGAACACACACCGGUGAAAAACCCUUCAAGUGUGAGUUUGAAGGCUGUGACAGGCGCUUUGCGAACAGCAGUGAUCGUAAGAAACACAUGCACGUCCACACCUCUGACAAACCCUAUCUCUGCAAAAUGUGUGAUAAAUCCUACACACACCCCAGCUCCCUCCGGAAACACAUGAAGGUUCACGAGUCAACAUCUCAAGCACCACAACCCUCUCCAGCAGCCAGCUCGGGCUACGAGUCCUCCACGCCACCCACCAUCGUGUCCCCUUCCACAGAAAAUCAGAGCAGCAGUUCCAUAUCACCAGCAUCAUCCACAGUCCACCACACGAGCAGCCACAGCACGCUGUCGUCAAAUUUUAAUGAAUGGUACGUGUAAAUAUUUUCAAAAGACUGCAGAAUUGAGACUGCUUGGGAUUCAAGACUCAAAAAUUCGCGCGUGGACCUACAUACACACACAAUGUGAAGAAUCUGAUAGCUUUUGAGAAACGGCUGUCUAGAGAGAACGAUGCGUGGACGGGGUGUGCAACGCUCUUAAUAGCCGAAUUUGUCCUCCAUUUUUUUUCCCUGUUUUUUUUUUUUUUUUUUUGGUUUCAUAUUUUCGGGACUGCAAAGAGAACUCCUAUUGCAUGCAACCAGCAGGUCUUUUUUUUUUGUUUGUUUGUUUUUUGUAUAUAAAGAUUCACCUAGUUCAAAAUGUAAUAUUUUAUUUUGUAAAUAGUCAUAAUACAGUUUAAGGGAAUUUGUGAAAAUGUGGUCCCUAGAUUUAUGGCAAAUGAGAUGGUUCUACGAAUAUUGCGAUGAAUAGUCUUAACUGAAAAGAAUGUUAUAGUUUAUGUGUACCAAAUGUGAAUUACCCAGUAUUACCACAGUCUACACGUUUACCUAACCGAUUAGUAUUAAUGUGCUUUUGUAUCCAGUGCAACAUUUCGUCUUCAGUCCAGUCUGAGUAGUACACAGUUGUUGUUCUUUAAUGUCAUGUCGAUAAACCGUGUAGUGAAAGCCUGAAGCUCCGUGUCAAUCUUGUUUAUGUAAGUGGGAAAAAAGAAAAAAAAAGCAUAAAACUAUCUGUCUACUGCAUUGGCAAUUGCAAGAAAUUAUUACUUGUAUAUAACUCAAUUUUCCAUAUGUAUCCGCAUGUAUAGGACCGGUAACAUGUUAGAGAUAAUCGGUAUUUAUGGAAAAUGCGUUCGUAGGGUAUGUCAAAUUUAGUUUGCUAAAUAAUGUUUGGUUACUUUUCGUACAAUAUUAAAGAAUUAAACGUACAAAAAAAAAAAAAAAAAAAAAAAUGACUUCAAUAUCUUAUUUCUCAGAUGUGCAUCAAACGAUUGAAUAAAUAUCAACAGAAGAAACACCACAAGUCAUUUCUGUAACCUAUUUAUUUCUGUUUAUUUAUUUAAUAUUUAUUUAUUAUUUGUUAAUAAACUGAGUCUAAAAUAAAACAUCACAUAAGUGCAACAAUAUAACCACAGGUGUUAAGUAGCCUAUCUAAAGGACAAGAGUCAGUCUUUAGGAUUUAACCCUUAACAUGGAAACUACAAAAGCCACAAUGACAAUUUCGUUCUAAAUAAACCAAUGCCUGCUAAUGCGGCAGGACGAAUGAAUGUUGAGUAAUUUAAUUUUCACUUUUGUAACCCUCAUUAUGUUGAGAGACUAAAAUUGACCACGUCCCUGGAGUAACGUUGUAGUGCAUUAAAAAGACAAAUCGUGACGGAUUUACUCAUCUACUUGGCCUUAUUUAAAUAGUUUACAUGACUUAACUCUCGUCAUGGCUUUAUGCAAUUAUACUUGUUUGGAACCAGUGUAUGGUGGAGGAUUUCAAACGUAACCAAGGAGAGAAUAGCUGUUGGGUUUUAUUUCUUUAUUUCUUUAUAUUUUCUCGGUUGCAACUUGCUUCAUCGCCCCAUUACGCACAUCAAGAUCAUGAGCGUGCUUAAUAUCACCAGUGCGCAAUUCUCACUGAGGGAUUGCGCACACUACAAUAUACUUUAUUUGGACAUUGCAAUCUAAAAACAAAAAAAGAAGAAAAAAAAGGGAUUGCUUAUCUUUUAUUUCUUCACGGUCAGAAAGUUUUCCAGAAUGAAAGAGGGAAUGUAUAUGCAGGGAGGGGGCACGCACACGGUCUGUAGUAUAAGAGUACUGUGCAUGCAUGCAACUUUGUAUGUGUGUCUCAGAUAACACAAGAUCAUUAGCAUUUGCACAUUUAAGCUGUGCCCUAAGGCUGUGAAACUAAUGAAUCGAGCAUUGCAGUGUUGCUAAUUCGUGGCCAUUUGGAUUUAUUUAUUUAUUAUUGUAUUUUUUUUUUUCAAAUGCGAUUCGACAACAUGUAAGUUGAAUAGCAGUGCUUAAUCGCUUAAAGAAAAAUGCAAUAAACUCUACAAUGUUUACAUGAUACUCUUCGGGGUGUGCACUGGUGCAUGCGCGUGUGUGGACUGGCGUGCGCGUGCAUGCGCUUGAGAAAUAGCCGACAUAAAGAAGGAGAUACUGACUUCGGGAAAAUAUAAACAUAUUGGCACAUCAAGCAGUAGGGGCGAAUACGGAAUGCAUUAUGUCGGAGGUGAUUUUUUUUAUUUAUUUUGUCUCGAAAUAUCUUCAUAUUCUCCUUCCACGGGUUAUUAGGUUUUGAGAUAUGUGAAUGAUGGCAAUAAAAUGAAUUGUUCGACUCUAUUUAACACUCUAUCUAUUCAAACGUUCUGGUACAUUUUCAUUCAUGCACCGUUAGAGUAGUAGCAGAAAGUGUUAUGUAUUGAUCCGUACAAUGGAAUGCACAUUUUUGAAGGAAGUCGUUUCACUUGCCUGUUAUCCUCAUUACUCCUAUUUUUAUUUAUUUUUUUAUUUUUUUCAUUUCCCCCAGAAAAUAAAAUAUCAGAAAUCAUAUUCUUGGACAAA